GGGAAGAGUAUAUAAUUCGAGUGUCACGUAUUUAAAAGCAUCUCUACAUUCGUGUGGGAUGUGUGAUCAGCGCAUUAUAAUAAAAAUAAAUAUUCUUUGCGUUCAUAUUGAAUCAUAUCAAGUUUAAUAUGGAAGAAUACGCUCGAGAGCCUUGUCCAUAUAGAAUAGUAGACGAUUGUGGAGGUGCCUUUGCUAUGGGAUGCAUUGGAGGAGGUGUAUUUCAAGCAAUCAAAGGAUUUCGUAAUGCACCUUCUGGCAUAAACAGAAGAUUGAUUGGAAGUAUAAUUGCUAUAAAAACUCGUUCACCCGUUAUAGCAGGAAAUUUUGCUGUGUGGGGUGGUAUGUUCAGUACUAUUGACUGCACACUUGUCCACUUCCGAAAAAAAGAAGAUCCAUGGAACUCUAUAAUAAGCGGUGCUGCAACUGGAGGAAUUUUAGCUGCAAGAAAUGGCGUUCCAGCUAUGGCAGGUAGCGCAAUAAUUGGAGGCGUGCUCUUGGCUCUAAUCGAAGGUGUUGGAAUAUUAUUUACUAGAAUAUCAGCCGACCAGUUUAGAAAUCCGAUUCCACCGGCAGAAGACCCGUCGGCUCUUGGAGAUCCUGGAAGUAAUUUUUCAUUUGGUUCAACAUCUAAUCAAAAGCAAUAUCAAUAAAAUGCUUAAUAUUUUAAAACGA